AUGCCGCAGGAGACCUGGGUGAAGACCCAGGACAAGUCCGUCAUCUUCAUCGGGUGCAUCCUGGGCCAGUUCCUCAUGGGCUACGCCGGCGACCUCAUCGGCCGCACGAAGGCCCUGUCGCUGACGCUGUCGCUCGCCGUCGUCGGCGCGGUCGGCUCGAGCCUCGGGCCCUGGGGCGACAUCACGGACGUCUACACGACGAUCAUCGCCUUCCGCUUCGUCAUCGGCUUCGGCCUCGGCGGCGUCUACCCGCUGAGCGCGACCAAGGCCGCCGAG